AUGCUUCCCUACCUUUUCCUAGCUGCUACGCAGCUCUUCACUGCCACAUCUGCAGCACUCACCUACCGAGGUGCAGACAUCUCAUCUCUGAUUGUUGAGGAAAAUAAAGGCGUCUCUUACAAGAACUCUGCUGGUUCAACUGCAAAGCUAGAGUCGAUCAUUGCUGAUGCCGGUAUCAACUCCGUUCGUCAGCGCAUUUGGGUCAACCCCAGCAACGGCGACUAUGAUUUGGACUACAACAUCAAGCUUGCGAAGCGGGUGCAGGCCGCAGGCAUGACUACCUAUCUGGACCUGCACUUAAGUGACACAUGGGCGGAUCCAAGUGCCCAGACCACCCCGUCCGGAUGGUCCACUACCGACCUCGAUACCCUCACGUGGCAAGUUUACAAUUACACCUUGGGAGUGUGCAACGAAUUCGCAUCGAACGGUCUCAAGGUCGAGAUGGUCUCGAUCGGCAACGAAAUCCGUAACGGUCUCCUCUGGCCCCUCGGCAAGACAAGCAGCUACUCCAACAUUGCUAGCAUCCUACACUCUGGUGCAUGGGGUGUUAAGGACUCAAACCUCGCAACAACACCUAAGAUCAUGAUCCAUCUCGACAAUGGCUGGAGCAGCAGCGAUCAAACAUACUUCUACGACCAGGUGCUCGCGUCUGGCUCGGCACUUGUCUCCACAGACUUCGACUUCAUCGGUGUCUCUUAUUAUCCCUUCUACAGUGCCAGUGCGACGUUGGCGUCUCUGAAGUCUAGUCUCUCAAGCCUGUAUUCGAAAUAUGGCAAGAAAACCCUGGUGGUGGAGACGAACUGGCCGUUCUCAUGUCCCAGCCCAGAGUACUCUUUCCCAUCUGAUUUGUCGGAUAUUCCCUUCUCCGUGGCUGGACAACAGACUUUCUUGCAGCGGCUGUCGACUGCUGUCGCGGGAGCCAACGGUGUUGGUAUUUAUUACUGGGAGCCUGCGUGGGUUGACAAUGCGGGGCUCGGAAGCAGCUGUGACGACAAUUUGCUGUUUGCUUGGUCGAAUGACCAGGCGCGGUCUAGUUUGAAUGCACUGGGCAGUGUUUAA